AUGCUGAAUACCCUGGAAUUGCCUUUCUCCCCAUCGUGCUAUGACUCGCUUGCGUGGUCGCCCGAUGGUGAGCUCGCAGUGGCCAACGGCGAGCAAGUUCAAAUCCUGACCUCAAAACACACCGGAAGGGACACACAGCAGUCCCAAAGUAAAGAUCAAUGGCAGAUGACUCGCGUCCGCGUCAAUGCCUUCACGAACGCGGAAUGGCCACCCAUCUAUCCUCAAAAUCGGGACGAUUUCUCUAUCGGCGCAGAGAUGUCAAAUAGUACUGUGGUGGGACUUGCUUGGUCCCCACCGGGUCUGGCACGUUUUCGCCGCAGUGUGCUGGCGGUCCUGACCUCGAACCUCCUCCUGUCUCUAUGGGAGCCACUUGGGACCAAAGGCCAGUGGACCAGGGUUGCCAUUGUGAAUCAUAGUCUCCAGCCGGCCGCUUCCACUCCAUCACAACUCGAGGGCCUGGAACUUCGUCGAUCGAAUAUCAGAUCAUUCCAUUGGUGCCCGCCUCUCUAUGCACCGCCCUCCAGAAACACUCAUUCAGCCCCUGAACCCGAGACCCGCUGGGGUGCGCAUCUAUUGCUGGUUGCGAAUGAUGCAAAUGAAGUAAUAUUGCUCCGUAUUCGCAGAUCAGCUGCUGAGAUGCAGCCCUCAUUAAAAUCGUAUACGAUCGAGAAGGUGGCUCUUUACCAGGUUAAUCCGGAACAAGUGCAUUACCCUAUUCCCGGAACGGGCUCUCUGUUGCAGAAGGCCCUUCAAUCAAAAGCACGACUCUCAUCAAUCUCAUGUGGCCCAUGGGUGGCAUCACCUGAGCCAAUGGAAGACAGUGAUCACUCUGUCGUCGCAACGACUGCCGUCAUAUCUGGAGCGCAGCUGUAUGUUAUCAAAAUGACCGCAUCCUUGCGGAAGUUGACUGGUGGGAACAAUGACACAACCCGAUAUGAGACAAGGGCCAAAAUUGCAGAGCACCCGAUGCAAAACCUUUCGGCGAACUGGUCAUCUUACUAUAUUCAUGGCCCACUGCUAUGGGCUUCUACUGUACGUUCAGCGUUUUUCUCCCUAGAGCGGGAUUUCUCUGACGUAAAUAAUCAGCCAAAUGCCAUUGUUCUUAACGUUGGAAUCAAUGCUGGUUUUCUCACAUUAGCUAUUACACCAUCUAUAUAUGAUGGUACCAGUGUUGAAGCUGAUCGGUCUGCCAUUCGCGAGUGGGCUUUCUCGAAUUCAAUUGACGAGAAUGGUGAAGCUUCGACAAGAUUUGUGGAGCCUAUCUCGAGUAUGACGACAUUUCUUGAUGACAGAAGCGGUAUAUGCAGCCUCCACGUUGGUACCGUUGGGGGGCUGGGUAGUGCCAUUUAUCUUGACCAUCUCGAAACUGGCGACCUGAGUUUGCCACGGUGGAAUAAGCUCAUGGUGGAUCGUCAGGAGCAAUAUGACCUCGAUCGCGACCUUGGAGGCCAAAGUGUUGCGCGUAUCUGGGGCCUGGCUUCUUACCGCAAUGCAAUUGCUGUCCUCUUCUCGAAACACCCGACAGAUAUGGUUGAAUAUCGGGUGGCAUCUGACGAAAAAUCUACACUUAUAUUCUCUUCCGAAGACCCGGAAUACCCGCUCGAUCUGCCAACACUCUUUGCUCCAAACGAAACAGCAACAGAGUCGUGGUCUGCCCAGGAUCAGCGCGAGGCAGCAAUUGCAUUUUUGUUGUCCAGUACGGGCCAAGAUGGCACGGUUGGUGCCGAGGAUCGCAAACUGGUCUAUGCAGCGGCCUGCUGUGCUAUCGUUGAUCAACAGAACGAAUCAAUCCGCAGCCAAGCUAAAGAAUCGUUUGAAUGGCUAGCUUCAUUAACUGGUGCGGAUCUGAAUGAGGAGAUUCUUCAAUGCAGUGUCCCUUCUCCCAGUAUCUGUUCCAAGUCCCCCGAACAAUUCAGCGGCCCUGGGGGGCAUCUGUUUGAGCGCUGUGAGAUUUGCGAUGCCGGAAUCGCUUGGGAAUCUUCCAAGGAAGCGCAAUGUAUCGAAGGCCAUCUUUUCGGUAAUAACCUUCCCAAUCUCUUCAUAGAUCCUCUUCCAUUCUAA